AAAAUGAUAAUUUUCCUGCUUUUUCGGGCCAUAUUUUGGAAAUAACUUAUAGCUCCCGCGUUUGACAUUUUGUCUCUUGUGGUUUCUGCUCUGGUGAUUCUUGGUGCUCAGACAAGUAACGACCCUGCCAUUGCAGGAGGAUGGAGGGCGUGAAAGUUUUGAUUGAGGAUGCGCCUCUUGCAUCAGGAGCAACGGCUGUAGAAAUCACGACCGUUCCUGAAUUGGCUUCAACAGAGGAUGUGGUCGAAGACGCCACUCUCUCAGUCGAGGAGGAGACGAAUAAAGAAGGUAUCCCUCAAGAUGUUAAUAAUGCCACACUCCUAACCGUUUCACCAAGUGAUGCUUCAUCCGGGCAUCUUCAAGUAAAAAAGGCCGGCCUCAGAAUCAUUGCCCUUCCGAACAAGACCGAGAAAUCCUCUGACCAACCCGAGACACCUAGGACGCCUAGAACACCAAAGAGCAUCGACUUCAGCAGAGGCCAAAUUGAUACAACUGUACCUAUCGAAUCUGUGAAGGCUGCUGUUUCAAAGUUUGGUGGGAUCGUCGACUGGAAAGCCCACCGUAUGCAGGCUGUCGAGAGGCGAAAAACCAUAGAAGAGGAACUCGAGAAAGCUCAAGUGGAGAUGCCGUUAUUUAAGAAGCAAUCCGAGGAUGCGGAAGAGGCCAAACUCUUUGUUCUGAAAGAGCUAGACAGCACUAAGAGACUUGUUGAAGAGCUGAAGCUCAAUCUUGAACGAGCUCAGACAGAAGAGGAACAGGCGAAGCAGGACUCCGAGCUUGCAAAGCUUAGGGUCGAAGAGCUGGAGCAAGGGAUUUCCGAUGAAUCCAGCGUUGCCGCCAAGGCACAGCUUGAGGUCGCCCAAGCAAGGCAUGCAACCGCCGUUGCAGAACUCAAGUCCGUUCAAGAUGAGCUAGAACAGCUCAGACGGGACUAUAACCUGUUGGUUGCCGAGAAAAAUGCAUAUGUGAAGAAGGCAGAAGAAGCUAUUGCCAAGUCGAAAGAGAUUGAGAAGUCCGUAGAGGAUUUGACAAUCGAGCUUAUCACUAUAAAAGAGUCUUUGGACUCUGCACAAGCUGCACAUCUGGAGGCGGAGGAGCACAGAAUCGGAGCAGCUAUGGCGAAAGAACAGGACAUGCUCAACUGGGACAAGGAGAUGAAGCAAGCUGAGGAGGAUCUUGAGAAGAUGAGGCAGCAGGCUGCGUCGUCAAAGGAUUUGCGGUCCAAGUUGGAGACUGCAACCGUUUUGCUGAGAGAUUUGAAGGCUGAAUUGGCAAUGUACCUCGAAACAGAGGAAUCUGGCGAAGCAGUAAAUUUCGAAGAUGUGCUCAAUGAAACGGUAAAAUCAAACCGGAGUCAAAUCCAAGCAGCUCUUUCCGCAGCUAAGAAGGAACUCGAAGAAGUGAAGCUCAAUUUUGAGAAAGCGAGCGAAGAAGUUUCCAUCUUGAAGGUGGCCGCAAUAUCGUUGCAGUCAGAACUCAAAAAGGAAAAGGCAGAACUGGCUUCUGCUCGGCAAAGGGAGGGAAUGGCAUCGAUUGCUGUUGCGUCUCUUGAAACCGAGCUGAACCGGACCGAAUCCGAAAUCUUGCUCAUUCAGCUUAAGGAGAAAGAUAACAGAGAGAAAAUGGUGAAUCUUCCAAAGAACCUGCAAAAGGCUGGACAAGAGGCUGAUCAAGCCAAGUCCCUCGCUCAGACUGCUCGUGACGAGCUCAGAAAGGCGAAGGAAGAAGCAGAAUUGGCGAAAGCGGGAGCCGGUACCAUGGAGAGCAGAUUGCGUGCAGCUAAGAAGGAAAUCGAAGCAGCUAGAGCUUCUGAGAAGUUGGCACUCGCGGCUAUCAAGGCAUUGUCAGAGAGUGAGUCUACUCAAAGCAACGACGAGGAGGAUUCGCCAGCCAGAGUAACGCUCUCGCUAGAAGAAUACUACGAACUCAGCAAGAAGGCCCAUGUGGCCGAGGAGGAGGCGAACGCACGCAUCGCUGCUGCCCUUGUCGAGAUCAAGGUAGCUAAGGAGUCCGAGAUAAACAGCUUGAAGAAGCUUGAGGAAACCAACCGCGAAAUGGCUGAACGAAAGAACGCCUUGGAGAUUGCCUUGCAGAAAGCCGAGAAAGCCAAAGAAGGGAAGCUAGGCGUCGAACAAGAGCUGCGUAAGUGGAGGGCCGAGCAUGAGCAAAGGCGGAAAGCUGGAGAGUCGGCCACGAGCAACACAGGAAUGGAUAUGUCUCUGGAUGCCAAACCUGCCAAGAAGAAGAAGAGAUCCAUCAUCCCUAGAAUAUUCAGGUUCUGGAGCAAGAAGUCGUCAUCCAGGUCGUCCAAGUCGUCGUGAUCGUCUCCCCACGUAUUGCUCGUGGAUCGGAAUCGCCUGCCUCGGAAUUGAGUUUUCUCCUCAGAAUCACCUUGUCCAUUCUUGACAAAAACGUCUAUAUUUGUAUAGCAGUAUUGUUUUGUGUACACAAUAGGUUGCUCUGAUCGGAAGUUUUCUUUUUUUUCCCCCCUAAUACUUGUUGGGGUUUUACAGUUUGUAAUUAUAUCUUGGGGUGGCCAUGAGGGAUUGGAUUCUGUAAUAAGACUUUCAUACUUUUUUGAUUCA